AGUGACGUCACUUCUGUGUUCGCAGGGAUGAUGCCACCGGGGAAUGUAAAACCAUUGAUGCCACCGAUGAAAACAUAAGCCAGCCUAUUUUUAUUUGCACGCAAACGAGUAACGGGCUAGCCAGCCAGCCAUGCAACCCAGAUGACAGCUAACGUUGAUACCUACGUCACAGGAAUGCAACAUAACACAAUUUCUUAAUUAGGUUAAUUUAGAACCAGGUACGUGUGAACUUUUCAACAACCCCCGUUCACUUGCUUGUACCCUUGUACGGAAACUGAAGUGGGUGAGCACCUCAAAGCAUAACAAGACUGACGCAAAACCAUGCUGCAAAAGAGGCGGAGGGAGGGGGUUGUGGGCUGGGCAUCAUCUGUGGGGUUCUGUCAGCUAAUAAGCUACGUUUGUAUCCGAAAUCAGACAUUUGGCGUGAAAUGAAUAAACAUAGCGCCUACGAUCUGAUCACCUUUAACAGAUUAAAGUGAAAAUAAAUUAUGGCUGAUAACGGUGAAGUGUGUCCUCACCUGGACUGUAUUGGUGAGGUCACAAAGGAAGAACUCCUACAUAAAUCAAAGGGGACCUGUCAGUCAUGUGGAGUGGGUGGUCCCAACCUCUGGGCAUGUCUGCAGUGUGACUGCCCUUAUGUUGGUUGUGGAGAGUCGUAUUCCGACCACAGCACCAUACAUGCUCAGGCAAAGAAGCACCAUCUGACAGUGAACCUCACCACAUUCCGGAUCUGGUGCUAUGUGUGUGAGAGGGAGGUGUUCCUGGAGCAGCGGCCCAUGGUGCCUGUCCCGGCCACCCACCAGUGCAAAUCCCCAGAGCAGGAUCUCUUACGUCAUUCAAGCAGUCAUCCCUUGAAAGCUGUGCCCAUAGCCGUCGCUGACGAAGAUGAGUCCGAAUCGGAGGAGGACGAGCUCAAACCAAGAGGUCUCACAGGGAUGAAGAACAUUGGGAACUCGUGUUACAUGAACGCUGCCCUGCAAGCCCUCUCCAACUGCCCUCCUUUAACCCAGUUCUUCCUGGACUGCAGCGGAUUGGUCCGAACCGAUAAGAAGCCGGCUCUGUGUAAGAGCUACCAGAAGCUCAUUUCAGAGCUUUGGCACAAGAAACGGCCUAGUUAUGUUGUCCCCACCAGUCUGUCUCAUGGUAUCAAGCUGGUAAAUCCCAUGUUUCGGGGCUACGCCCAGCAGGACACGCAAGAGUUCCUGCGCUGCCUGAUGGACCAGCUGCACGAGGAGCUGAAGGAGCCCCUGAGGGAGAGCAGCGGCGGCAUGGGCGACUCGGGCACCGAGGCGGGCGACGGCGGGGCGCGGGACGGCGACCGCAGCCCCUCGGAGGACGACUUCCUGUCCUGCGACUCGGGGUCCAGCAGCGGGGAGGGGGCCGAGGGCCGCGGGGCCGGCGAAGCCGAGCUGCUCAUCCAGGAUGAGUGCGGAGGGGUGCGAGUGUCCUCCGCGUCCACCAGCGGCGGCGGCGGCGGCGGCGGUCCCACCGGGAGGGGCAUCUCGGAAAAGGAGCGGCUGAAGGAGCGGAGGGUGUCGGGGUCGCCGCUCCGCGGGGCGUCCCAGGAGAUGGACGAGGAUGCGGACGUGGACACGGCCGCUUCUCAGGAGGCCAUGGGGGAAAGGGAGCCCGAGGAGAUGGCGGUGCCCUGCAGCACCCCAAACCAGGCACAAGCCAACAGCACUACAGAGCCUGAUAACGAGGCGUCGAUGCACCAUCCUCCAUCGCGGCCCUGUAGUCCCGCCCCCAUCGCCCAGGAGCUCCACCCCAAGCUCUCCAGCAGCCCACCCAGGUCCAGCCCCCUGAGGUCAGCCUACUCUCUCAAGAAAGCUCAGGCUAUCAUGGGCCCCAGAAAGAAGAAGCAGUCUCGGUACCGCAGCGUGAUCUCGGAUAUCUUUGACGGUUCAAUCUUGAGUCUAGUUCAGUGUCUGACAUGCGACAGGGUUUCCACCACUGUGGAAACAUUUCAGGACUUGUCCUUGCCGAUUCCAGGGAAAGAGGACCUAGCCAAGCUGCACUCUUCCAUCCACCAGAAUGCCCCAGCCAAGACAGGCGUAUGCGCAGACACCUACGGCACUCAGGGCUGGAUCGCCUACAUUAUGGACUCCAUACGCAAGUUUGUGGUCUCCUGCAUCCCCAGCUGGUUUUGGGGGCCUAUGGUGACCCUAGAGGACUGCCUUGCUGCCUUCUUCGCUGCAGACGAACUGAAAGGUGACAACAUGUACAGCUGUGAAAGAUGUAAAAAGUUAAGGAAUGGAAUUAAAUACUGCAAAGUACUAAGACUACCUGAGAUUCUCUGCAUUCACCUGAAGCGCUUUAGACACGAGGUCAUGUACUCCUUCAAGAUUAACAGCCACGUGUCGUUUCCGUUGGAGGGCCUCGACCUUCGACCUUUCCUGGCCAAAGAUAGUCCCUCUCAGAUUACAACCUAUGACCUCCUGUCUGUCAUCUGUCACCACGGCACCGCAGGCAGUGGUCACUACAUAGCCUACUGUCAGAAUGUGAUUAAUGGUCAGUGGUAUGAGUUUGAUGACCAGUACGUUACUGAGGUGCAUGAAACAGUGGUGCAGAACGCAGAGGCCUACGUCCUGUUCUACAGGAAGAGCAGUGAAGAGUCGGUGCGGGAGCGUCAGAAGGUGGUGGCCCUGGCCAACCUGAAGGAGCCCAGCCUGCUGCAGUUCUACAUCUCCAGGGAGUGGCUCAACAAGUUCAACACCUUCACCGAGCCCGGCCCCAUCAGCAACCACACAUUCCUGUGUCAGCACGGAGGAAUUCCCCCCACAAAGUACCACUACAUCGAUGACCUUGUGGUGAUUCUUCCCCAGAAUGUCUGGGAGUACCUCUACAACAGUUUUGGUGGCGGGCCUGCCGUGAACCACCUCUACCUGUGUGCUGUCUGUCAAAUCGAGAUUGAGGCUCUUGCCAAACGCAGGAAGAUGGAGAUUGACACUUUUAUCAAGCUAAAUAAGGAGUUUCAGGCCGAGGAAGCGCCAACAGUGAUUUUAUGCAUCAGCAUGCAGUGGUUCAGAGAGUGGGAGAGCUUUGUCAAGGGGAAAGAUAACGAGCCCCCAGGCCCCAUUGACAACAGCAAGAUUGCUGUGAUGAAGGGGGGCCACAUACAGCUCAAACAAGGAGCAGACUAUGGUCAGAUCUCUGAGGAGACGUGGCAGUACCUGCUCAGCAUCUAUAGUGGAGGCCCCGAGAUUGCCGUCAGACAGGCCGUCAUUUCCCAGGAGCCAGACGGCCACGGAGAGCGCAAGAUAGAGGCAGAGACCAGAGCACUCUGAAAGAGCAGGUGGAGGCAUGUUAACCCCCGCCCCGCCCUGCCACCACCACCACCCCUCCUCUCCCUCACUGAAGCCUUCACUCCAUAGCAUCGCUGGAGCACCCAUCCCCCAGGGGGUUUCUCACCUGCACGAGAGGAGAGGAGCCGCAGCUCGCUAAAUUACUCCUAGAUUAGGCGACGGUAUGUUGUUUCAUAGGUGAUGAAUACAUGUUAAGGUAGCGAGGAGCAUCUGAAACCACACUCUGGGAGGAAGAGCGGAGAGGGAGAGGAGAGACUUAUCACGCAGAGGCCAGCAUGUUGAAAGUGAGCCGAAAAGAGGAUUUCUACCAAGACACUUAAAUGUAUAUACAUACAACAUGUGGGCAACUUACAGAGCACGCGCGCACACACACACACACACAGUUUCAUCUGCGUUUGAGGAGUCUACUGUGAGGCUCUCAGAGGGUGGAUGAUGUAAGCUAUAAAGCUGCUGCCUGAUGACUGCUGCGCUGAACAUUAACCCCCCCCCCAAUGCGUUAAGCAUGUCUGCACAAGGGCACAAUGGCCUUCAGUUAUGAGUGCUUAAGGGUGCUGUACAGUGGGAGGCAAGUAGAGCUACUGUCCUGAGGGGUGUGUCAGAGUACGGGUAAAAAUGGAGAAAGGGUUCUGUAGGGCAUGGUGGGCUUUUUAUUCUAGCAUAAUUAGGGCCGUUUUCAAAAUGGCAAAUUAUACAUUUAUUGUGUUGUAAAAUGCCGAGAUGAUUCAAAAUCUGGCCUUUCACAGUUGUGCAAGACCCCUUGUCCCAUAUUGUGGAAGUCUGAUUGCGCCACAGGGCCAGUCAAGUGUCAGUUGUUCAGUUCCUCUUGCCCUUUGCUACCAGCUCCGGUUUUGUGGUUAGUGAUGGAACGUUCAGGGCUCUCCCUGCAUUGUUUGUGUCUUGCUGUCAUUUUAAUUGAAUUUUUACAGAACACUGGAACCUAAUGGACACAUCAUCCUCAGCCAUGGGGUUCUAUAGGCAGGUUGAGGCUAGUCAAUGGCUGACUCAGUGUACGUUUUGAUUAGUUUAACUGUUUCUCCGCCAACAAUGAACACACCUCAACAAACCAGCGAGACUCAACCAAAAUAGAAAUUCAAAGCCUCGUUCCUGCCAUUUCUGAUCUGAUGUUGAAGACCGUAGUCAGUUGCUGGCCACUAUUUGGUUGAGUUCACCAAAGAAAAAGUUCAACAUCUGGUAUUGAUUUCCAAAACUUGCCUGGAGAAUAUCUGGUGUUUUCUUUUUUUUUUUUUUUUUUUUUUCUUCUUUUGUUUCAAUCACAUACUGGGCACGUGCAAUGUUGGUCAAUAUCUAGUAUGUAUAACUGAAAAGAGUGUGGCACUAAAUUCUACUGUUAUUAAAGAGCUUAAUUAGAUUGAUCUUUGUUAAACUUAUUGAGUGUAUCUCUCUAUCCAUGAACAUUGAUGACAUAUGACAUAGCCAUUACAUUUCAAAUUAAUGUCAAGACUUGACCUAGUGAACUAAUAGAUAUUGUAUAACAGUGUCUUUGGUUGAAGUCCCAGGUGAUCACAGUUUUAAUGCUGGCAUAUUUGCGUCAAGGUUGACUAAGCUUCUUUUUGAGUGUCUGUUUAUUGUCUGUUUAACUGUAUUGAAAUUGAGAGUGAAUAAAGCCUGUUCUUUCA